AUGCUUUCAUUCGGCUUGACUGUUCGAGCUCGUUACGCGAAUGCUGACGCAAUGAAGCAAUUUCCGACAUCUAAAACUGUUACUGUUUACCAAUCGCCGUCUGAGUCAUCACUGCACUUAACGAAGUUUGAGCAUCGCGCCGUCAUCAAAUUCCUCGUUAAAAAGGGGAAAACAGCAAAAGACAUUUUUGAAAAAACUUCUAGUGUAUACGGAGAAUCUGGACCGUCGUCAGCCACGGUUAAACGAUGGACACGCCUAUUCCAACAAGGCAGAGAGACUCUGGAAGAUGACCCCCGCUCGGGUCGGCCGAACACCGCAGUCAACGAUGAAAACAUCGAAAAAGUAAAAAAAAUUGUACUGGACGAUCGCCAAAUAAAAUUGUGGCAGAUAGCAGAAGAGCUUGGCUUUAGUAAAGAACGAGUUGGAGAUAUUAUGCACGAUCAUUUGCAUAUGAAUAAAGUCAGUGCACAUUGGGUGCCAAAAAUGCUCACGCCACUUGACAAGCAGCGGCGCGUUGAAACUUCUGAAGAGUUUUUAGAGUUGUGCAAGGAUAAUUUGGAAGAAAUUUGCACUCGUAUUAUCACCGUUGAUGAAACGUGGAUCCGACAAUAUGACCCAGAAUCAAAACAGGAGUCAAUGCAGUAG